UGUAAGGAAUGUCAUUUUAGACGUUAAUUUCUUUUCCGUGGUCGUCGCAUUUGGCAUUUUUUAUUUAACAAUUUAUCUUAGAAUAUUUUAUUUUCUAAUUAGUUGUUUAUUUGAUAAAGCCAUUCUGUGAGCAAAUUACAAAAAUGGAAACUACACUUACAACAUUCCCUGAGAAGGAUAUGUGUCCUGUGAUCACGGAAGAACUCGGCGCUUUCAUAAGAGCCACAAGAGAUGCAAAGAAAGUGGCACCGAAGACAGAAGAGCCGAAACCAGAAGAGCCCAAGCCAACGAAAGAAGAACAGAUAUCACAAGAGGAUGCGCAAGCUAAAGCUGAGAAGAAACAUGCGAUGGAGGCACGGUACAGGGAGCUACCACAGCCUCCCCCGUCACGACCGCAGGACGAAGGACCCUCUAGAAAAGAGUUGCUCGGCCAGGAAUUAUCAGCCUUGAAACCUGGGCCUGACGGCAAAGUUGACUGGACACCACUCGCAGAGCUCUCAGGCACUAGACCAUCGGUAAACAAAUAUUCUAUCAGUAGAUACUCUCUGGAAGAAUGGAGAAAGCACAAUGAUAAAGUAUUGAGUAAAGAAACUAUUAAUGAGUCUAAUAUUAUCGACUACAAUGCUAAGACGUCUAUGAUGCAAGCUUUCGGUACCAUCGAUAAACAACAGUUAGAAAACAACAAUAGGCUCAAACAAAAAGCCAAAGAUAUUUAUCGAUGGAAGGUUGAGGUAGAACGAGCAUGCAAAAUGAUAUCUGACGAAGUCGAAUUGCUAGAAAUUGAAAGGCAACGUCUUAAAGGCGCAUCCAGGGUGUUGAUGCUUCCCGAAUCAAUUUCAAGACAGUGCCUAGAAAUGCGUUCCUAUCGAUCGGAACCAGACCUUGUCGCUGAUCUCGCUGAUGAACAGCUGGUCAAAGAAAUGAAACUUGUUACUGAAGUCAGAGAAACUUUGCAGACAACAUUGAACAAAAUAGAAGAACAAAUGAAGGUAAACAAGGCAGCAAAGCACAGGAUUGAAUUCGACUGGUGUGACAAGACUAUGGCUUACAAUGCAGAUACUAUAAACUUGAGCCUUAAUGCGAAAUCCAACACUCUGUUGUUUAGACCUGGAGCUACAAGAUUCGGUGACUUCACCGCACCUCUAGAGUACUGGGAGUUCUUCUGCAGAGAAACUAUCGAAAACAUAGAAACUGUACGGCAGAAGUCCGUUGACCUUAGAAGUAGCUUGAAUGCUAUUUUAAUAAAUAACGGACGAAAAUUACGCAUGCAAGCAGACAAAACUGAUGUCGCGUUAGCUGAAACAGUUGCUCUUACUACGGAACUAUGUACGAAACUAAAGGAAAACUUAAUAGCUACAUUGCAGAAAAUCGCUGACAUGGAGCUUUUGAUACAAGAACUUCAAGAUGCGGUUAAGAAAACUGAUGCAGCUAUGAAACUAGCUCAGACGAGGUUAGACAACAGGAAUAAUUGGAGACCGCAUGGGGAGAAUGUGAGGGACCAAGCGCAUCUUGGAUUGAUCGAGGAGGUAAAGAAAAUUCACGAGACUGUCACAUCGCUGCUGGGACAGAUAAGAAAUGCUGAGAGAGUGCGACAAGAUCUGAUAGCUAAGAGAAAAGAGUUGGAGAAAGAUAUCGCAUCUAAAAACGAGACUCUCAUCAUAGAUAGAGAGAGGUGCGGGAAGGUUCGAUCUCAUUAUCCAUCUGCUUCAGAAUUGGCUGGAUUUUAAUGUUAAUUCAGAUUUUUUUUCUUGUUUUGAUCUUGGAUUGCUUGUCUUUGUUAUUUGAUAGAAAAUUUUAGAAUGUAUUGGUUAUAAUAUAAUUUAUUC